GAUAUAGUCGGUUCAUUCUGUAUUGAAGCCCACAGCAGCCGAGGCCCUUGUCGCCGGCCCAGUUCGCGAGCACAUUUAUUUCCCUAGGCUCCCAACCAAGGACACCUCCCCUGUAUGAAUUGAGCUCUUUAAGAAUGAGGGCAUCGCUCUUCUCGAGUCGGUGCCCGGCCAUAGGCCAGCCAGUGGUCGACCUCCUGCGGCGUCGGCGUCCUCAAUUCUGCCCUCGGGCUUUGGCGACGCAAGCCGCCGACGGCCAAGCCCCUAGCACAGAUGCGCAGCAGCAACAUCUGCAACGGUCGCUGGAACAGGGCCCGGCCAACAAGCUGGUGGUGGAAUUCGACUAUGUGGCAGUGGCCUUCAAGACCGAGCGGCGCCGAGCUUCGAAGCGGCGCCAGAGCCAAACUCGGCGACGCUCAUCAAGCGGCAGCCCGGAUGGCGAGGGGGGCGUGGUCGAUAAGCUUUUUGGGAGUGGCGGCAGCUCGGCGGACGCCGCGGGGUAUCGCUCGUUGGAGUACGUGUCAGGCGACCGGCGGGUGCUGUUUGAGGACCGGCCUCCCUCCGCGGGACCCGGCGCGGCCACGGUCGACAUCACCAGCAGCAGUGUCGUCAGCAGCUUGGCGGAGGACCAGCAGUCCAGUAGGAAUGCAGUGCCGGGGCCUGGACAUGCGCCGGGCGGCUCCGCCGUGCCGCUGGCUGCAAAGUCCGACAGCCGCGCAGCGCCGCCGCGGCGGCUGGGCAGCGCGCGCGCCCGUGCCGAGGCCACAAGCGCGCGCGUGAGCGCUGCCGCAGCGCCGGCCGCCACACACCUGCCACACCCGGCCGCAGCCGCUGCGACGCCAAAGCCGCCUGCACGCGAGCUGGCUCAGGCUAUGGUGGCGGCACCUCCCGGCAGCGCAGCGAUGCCAGCACAGGGUGCGGCGGCGGCGGCGCCGACCCAGAUGCCGCAACCCGGCGGUAUUGGCCACAGCAGCAGCAGCAGCAGCAGCAGCAGCAGCAGCAGCAGCAGCAGCAGCAGCAGCAGCAGCAGUAGCGGCAGCAGCGAUCGUCGUGUAGGUGGGAUGUUGCCGGGCCCGGAAGCCGGGGUGCGGCUGCCCCGCCAAACCUCGGCGCCAUCGCCGCCGCGUGCUGGUGAGCAACAGCGGGUGCACGACCGCACACAGCCGCCGCGGCAGAGUGGCCCGCACAUUGACCAUGCCCGAGCAUCGAGCAGCGGCAGCGGCAGUAGCAAUAGAAGUAACAGCAGCGGUCCUGCAGGUCAGUCCGCCAGAAGCAAUACCAAGAAUCGAGCCGUCCCCGGCACCAGCAGCAGUAAUGGCAGACCCAGUUCGGCCUCCAAGGCGAAAGACGAUGAGGACACCGCGGGAGUGCUGCCGCACACGGCCGCCGACGCCGCCAUGGAGGCGGCGGCGGUGCAGCUGCUGCGGGUGCCGCAGCGGGCGGUGCGCGCCAACCGCGUCUUCCACGCCGAGCUGACAGGGCUGGGCUUCGCGGCGCGAGGCCGCGGGCCGCAGCAGCUGCGCGAGCUGCUGGAGGUGCUCGGCGGCGGUGUUGACGGUGGCAGUAGGAGCUGUGGCGGUGGCGUUGGCGGAGGCGGUGGCGCCGGGCUCGGCAUGACGCACGAGCAGGCGGUGCACGUGCUGCUAGCCCAGCCACGCGUGAUGCGUGUGGCGCCCGCUGCGCUGCGCGCCCGCGCCACAGCGCUGGCAGCAGCUCUGCAUAUGCCACUGGGUGCCGAGCCGCUGGCGGCGGCAGUGGCGGCGGCGCCCGACGCACUGAUGCAGCGCUCGCCCGCCGCGUACAGCCAGUGUGUGGCGGCGCUGGCGGCGGCGCUGGCGCUGCCGCGCCCCGCAGACGCUUGCGGCCUCAUGCUGCGCGCGCCCUCGCUGCUGCGCCACCCGCCCGCCUUCUACGCCCGGUCCGUGCAGCAGCUGCAGUCGCAGCUGGCGCUUCCGCCGGAGGCGGCGCGCGCGCUGGCGGCAGCGGAGCCGGGGCUGCUGUGUGUGUCGCCGGGCGUCAUCCGCGCGAACGGGGAGGCGCUGCGGGAGCGGCUGCAGCUGAGCGCGGCGCAGGUGGGCGCGGUGGUGGGCUUUGCACCGGAGCUGCUGGCGGCGCCGCCGGGGCGGCUGGCGGCGGCGGCGCGGCGGCUGGUGGCUGUGCUGAGCUACAGCGGCACGUGGCGGGCGCAGCUGCCGCGGCUGCUGGCGUCACCGCGCAACACGGCGGUAGCGCUGUCAUUCCGCAGCGACCGCUAUGAGCGGCUGGAGUACCUGGCACGCACAGGCCGUGACGGCGCCAUGGGCUUCAAGGAGGCUCUGUCGCUGGAGGAUGAGGACUUUGCGGAGGUGUUCCCCGGAUACAGCGAGUGGAGGCGGGAGCAGGGCCGCUGAGGCAGGCCGCGGGUACGGCGACGCGAACACAGGGCCGCUGAUGCAGAUGGUGGUGUGUGGCGCUGUGUUCAUGACCUGUUAGUGCGCAGCUGUCUAUGUAUUUGUUGUAGGUAGAUGGUGGGCCCGCCAGUUGGCAUACCAGCAGCGGCUGGGUUUUGGAUGCCGUACGGGUGUAGAAGUAUCGUGGCGUUGUUUCUUGUCAGUCUAGAUAACGCAGUUUCCCAAACUGCUGACGAGUUCGUCGGUUCAGUUACGGGUACGGGUCUACGGGAGCGCAGGCACAAAUUGGUUGCUUUGAGCAAAAGGCGCUUCGAUACGGAUGCCCAGUGUUGCGGCCACGUGUAAUGUACGGCAGUGUGAGCAUGGCGAGCAUGUCUGCACGACUCCAUUUUCCAAUCA